AUGAGGGUUCUGGGGCAGCAAAUAGCCCUGGAGCACCGGUGCUGGGCACCUCCAACCCAGUACAGCCCAUGGGGAGAGGAAGGACCAUACCACCACCGUGGGGACAGGGCUCCCACUCUGGGGCCUGUGAUUCUGCCUGAGCAAAAGACCCACAGUGUGGGGCUCGAAGCUCUCCUGACCCUUCCUGUGUUGGUGUUUGAAGGGGCUUCGGAGGUGAGGCUGGCGGAUGGUGGCAGUCGCUGUGCUGGGAGAGUGGAGGUGAAACUUCAUGACGAGUGGGGGACCGUGUGUAGCAAUUCAUGGGACAAGGAUGAUGCUGAAGUGGUUUGCAGGGAGCUGGGCUGCGGGGUUGCUCUUGGAGCUCCCCAUAAUGGACACUUUGGGGCAGGAUUUGGCCGCAUUUGGCUGGCAAGUGUUUUCUGUUCUGGCAACGAGUCUGCCCUAUCUGACUGCACUGCUAUAGGACACGGUGAAACCUACUGUUCUCACAGUUUGGAUGCUGGAGUGAUAUGUUCAGGAUUUGUCCGGCUGGUCGGAGGGGACAGCCCCUGCUCAGGAAUUCUGGAGGUCUACGACAGGGACCAGUGGAAAGCUGUCUGUCACUCCCACUUUGAUGCCAAAGCUGCCGAGGUGGUGUGCAGGGAGCUGCAGUGUGGCACAGCCCUGUCUGUCCAUGGGGCAGCUCAGCUGGGAGAAGGGGCCGGUCCUGUCUGGGACAGAGAGCUGCAGUGUGUGGGGAAUGAAUCCGUCCUCUCCUUCUGCCCCACGGAGACUCCCAAGGACAAGGACUGUACCCAAAGCAAUGGCAUUCAUGUCACCUGCACGCAGUACACGGGGCACAGGCUGGUGAACGGCAGCACAGCGUGUGAGGGCAGGGUGGAGGUGGAGGUGCUGGGGACGUGGGGAACCCUCUGUGCCUCCCGCUGGGACCUCUCGGACGCCCACGUUCUCUGUCGGCACCUCGGCUGUGGCUUUGCUGAGUCCAUUCCUGGAGGAGGGCAUUUUGGGAGAGGAACCGGCCCCGUCUGGAGAGACUCGUUCCACUGUGACGGGACUGAAGCCCACCUGGGGCAGUGCCCAGUGACUACCCUGGGGGCCUCGUCGUGCUCCCAGGGGAAUGCUGCUUCUGUCAUUUGCUCAGGCCCGGCUCGCCCCAUGUCUGUACGGUUGGUGGGUGGAGAGAGCCAGUGCGAUGGGCGCCUGGAGGUCUUCCAGCACGGGACGUGGGGCAGAGUCCUGGAUGAGCAGUGGGACAUGCAGGAGGCCAGCGUGGUGUGCCGGCAGCUGCAGUGCGGAGAGGCAGAGGCAGCCUUCACCCCCAUGAGGGCCAAGCGAGGGCGAGGACCUGUGGGGCUGCGUGGGGUGCGGUGUGCAGGGCACGAGGCUGACCUGAGUCUCUGCAACACCUCCCUGCCUGAGAGCACACCGGCAGCAGGGAUCAUGGAGGACGUGGGGGCCGUGUGCCGGGGGAGCCAGCGAGUCCGGCUGGCGGAAGGGGCCGGGCGCUGUGCCGGGAGAGUGGAGAUCUACUACCAGGGGCGCUGGGGCACCGUCUGCGAUGAUGCCUGGGACCUGGCCGACGCCGCCGUCGUUUGCCGCCAGCUGGGCUGCGGAGGGGCCCUGGAGGCAGCCAGCUCUGCUCGGUUUGGGGAGGGCUCUGGGCAGAUCUGGCUGGAUGGCGUCAACUGCUCCGGGACCGAAGCUGCUCUCUGGGACUGCCCUACCGAGGCCUGGGGGCAGCACGACUGCGGGCACAAGGAGGACGCGGGAGUCAUCUGUUCAGAGUUCAUGGCCCUGAGGCUGGAGAACAGCGACGGCUGCUCCGGGCGCCUGCAGGUUUUCUACAACGGGACGUGGGGCAGCGUUUGCUCCAACUCCAUGACCACCGAGACGGUGUCACUGGUGUGUAAGGAGCUGGGCUGCGGGAAUGAAGGGGACAGGGAAAUAUUCUUAAAUUAUGCCAAGCUGUCUGGCACUGCAUGGCUGGAUCACGUGGAGUGUGGGAAGAGCAACAGCUCCUUCUGGCAGUGUCCCUCUGAUCCCUGGAAUCCGCAGUCAUGUGAUGACCUCCGAGAAGAGACCCACAUCACCUGCAAUGAAAGGCCACAGGUGGCUGCAUGCCCCAACUCCACCAGCUGCACAGACAGGGAGAAGAUCCGCACCGUGGGAGGCAAGGACGGCUGCUCGGGCAGAGUGGAGAUCUGGCACCGCGGCACCUGGGGGACGCUGUGUGACAAUGCCUGGGACAUGCGGGACGCCGAGGUGGCGUGCAGGCAGCUGGGCUGUGGCCCCGCGCUCUAUGCCCUGGGCCAGGCUGCUGCUGGAGAGGGGACGGGCCCCAUGUGGCUGAUGGAGUGCAGAGGGACGGAGCUGUCUCUGCAGGACUGCUGGGCCCAGCCAGGGGACAGCGGUGCCUGCCAGCAUAAGGCAGAUGCGGCUGUGCAUUGCUCAGCCGCACCUAGGACAGCAACUCCCCCCCCACAAGCAGAUCCCCCACGGGGCCGUCCGACCACCAGCAGUGAGAGACUCUCGGUGCCUGUCGUCAUCUGCAUCAUCCUGGGGGCCCUCCUCUGCCUGCUCCUGGCCCUCCUGGCUGGGCAGGUGCGAAGUGCCAGGGCUCGGCACAGAGGCUCCGGGAGAGCUGGGGAGCCCUUCCCUGAGGCCGUGUAUGAGGAGAUCGCUUACAGCCUGGCGUGGGAGAAGCAGCCAAGGUUCAGUCUCUCAGAUGUCCCUGUCCUGCCCGGAGGUUACCCAGCAGAUGGCUAUGAUGAUGCUGGGGAGGUUUCUGACCCUGGGGAGGAUCCGGUCCCUGGGCAGGGGGACUGGGAAGUGCCCAGGACACCAGAGGAAGGAGCUGGGCUGAGGCAUGCAGCCACAGGGGGAAGCCUGCACUCCCGGAGAAGUGCUGGGGUCCCUGGGGCUGAUGGACACACCUCGUCACCUUUCCUGGGGACCACAGACUAUGACGAUGCUGAAGAGGUGUCUCUGGCAUGUCCCCACAAGGACACCGAGGGUGUCACACCAGAGCCCCGUGCACAAGAGUUCCAGAGCCCCAGGCCAGCAGAGCCCAGCCCUGCUGAGCAGCUGGGUGCAGCCGGGAGGGAGGAGAGCUCAGUGCCACUGGGAGAGCUGUGAGCAUCAGGGAAUGGUCUCCCUUUUCCAGCAGUCAGCAGACACACAUGGGUAUUUCCCCUCUUGGUAUUCCCCUGUUUUUAUGCUGUGUGUUGGUAUUUCCUCAUAUUAAAACCCUCUGGGCGCUUUGCCCCAGAUCCAGUGCUUCCCUGCCCAGGUGUCAUGGUGUCUCCCUGAGGCGGAUGGAGGGGAGAAGAGCUCAAAUAUUCAGC